GCGCCCCUCGUUUUUUUCUCUCUCUGGUCUCGCCUGCGUCGCCGCCUCGUCUAGUCUCUCUCUCGAUCUCACGGACCGCGGCCUCACCUUUGUCGGCCUGCCGUCAAUCAGCCCACUAGGUCAUUGACAAUUUUCGUUCAGCUCAAUUCUGUCUCAAGUCCAGUUAGCUACGUGCGAUGGCGUCCUCCACUGACACAUCAGGAAUGGAAUUCGAGGUGUUCCUGAGUUUUAGGGUCCUGACACUCGGAUUGGCUUUACUAGUUUCCUCUAUCAUGAUAUGGUUGAGAAAGGAAUCCGUGUCUUUAGAGAUGACAAAGAGCUCAACGUCGGUGAGAAGAUUGAGGAGCUUUUCAAAGCCCUCAACGACUCUCAAAUCUACAUCCCCAUCUUCUCUGAGGACUUUGCUUCCAGUCCAUGGUGUCUCCGUGAGGUUGUUCAAAUGAUAGAUUGUGCUAAAAAUUCAAAUGGGAAGAAGGAGAUCCUUCCCAUUUUCUUAGUGAAGCCGGAGGAUGUCAAGAGCAGUACUGGAUCGUACAGUAAUGCCCUGUCUAAGCUUGAGAAGGAGAAGGCGAAGUAUGGCGAUGAGGAGGAGAAGUUGAAGUAUGACCCCGAUGAGGUGAAGAGCUGGAGAGAUGCUCUUCGUGAGGUUGCAUCUAGAGUUGGUUGGAAGCUGGAAGGACUAGAGUAAGUUUCCACAACUUUUUCGUGUAAUUAAUUUUAAUAUAAUCUGUCAAAGAAUUUUUUAUUUAGGAUAAACUCUAAUCGAUCACGUUAUACAUCUAAAGAUAUCAAUAGUCUCUGUGCUUUUACCUUAUGUUCAAUCUUCGUCCUCUGAGAAAUUAAUUUCUCUGUAAGUUGAUAAAAGUUGGGGUAAAUGUUAUGUCAUCGUCAAGUU